AAAAAAAAAAAAAAACAAAGCUUUGGUUCAUCUUAAAAACAGUUAUCGUGGAUCCAUAAUUCAAAAUCAUGGCGCUGGGUCUUGGCCAAUUGUUCUACGCUGUUCUUUUAUUCAUCAAUGCAAUUGCAGUAUUAAGUGAAGAGCGAUUUCUAGCUAGAAUCGGCUGGAGCGCUCAAGUCGAACCUGGGUUUGGAGUUGAGCAAUCACAAUCGGUUAAAUAUAAGAUUAUCAACUUGAUUUCGGCAGUGCGAACGUUGAUGAGAAUCCCACUGAUAGCUAUAAACGUAAUUGUCAUUGUAUAUGAACUUCUUCUUGGAUAACGAACGAACCGACACAUCAUAAAACGACGUUUUGCAUUACAACGCCGGAUACAACUUCCAAUACCCCAAUUUAUCUUCUCCGUCAUUCAAAUCACUCUGUAUCUCCACUUAAUCCUCUUCGUCCCAAAACAAAACUACAACUAUUUCUUUUUUUUUAAACAAAGCGAUGAGCAUUACAUAUAUAAAUAUUGUGUAUAAAAAUGAAUAUCAUAUAUAUAUUAAAGAAAGGAUG